AUGGGUCAAACCUACUACUACUACUACGAAGUCAAUGGGUCUACAGAGACACAUGAUCCCUCACUACCUACCACAAACGUCUGCCCUUACCUCCCCGGUCAGACUGUCAACACUCUCGAGGUGCCUUCUGAGCAUCAGUUGCGAUACAGGAGUGCCUCGAUGAACUCUCUGCGUGCCACCGACUUCAACACGAUGGACCCAAACGCCAAAUUCACGACUCCCCGACCAGCCCCUAGCGUCCCAGAACAGCCUGGAGCCCGUGUCAAAUCGUCGCCAUCAAUCGCACCUAAACGAUGUGCUCGCUCCUUGUCACCUGCACCUAGAUGGUCCGGGGCUGCUCGACGCUUAUUUGGCCUAAGGCCCCAUGGCCGGGAGACCGACCGCGGCAGGAGGCUUGUCGAGAGCGAAAGCGAAAGCGAAAGCGAAAGCGACAGCCUGUCUAUCCAAGACAACAACCAGUUCAGCGGAACGCGAAGCACAACCCCAUCCGAAGGUGUGCGGUCCCGUGAUAUGUCACCAGAAUCUCUCAGGAGAUUUCUGUCUGAUGAUAAACCGAUGACACCGCCCGCACUUGAAUCCGGCCCAACAUUGAGGAUACCGGAAGAUAUUGUGGAAGACAUGGAGGAUGAUGAGAACUUCGCAACGUCGGCGGCAUCUGAGAGCGCGCCAUUUACAACAUUGUCGCCUCCACCUUUUCUGCGAAGCCAUUCCGCAUCCUCAGUAACAUCCUCAAUAAAGGAAGCUAAGGGCGAGCCAGCAAUCACUCUCGUGCCAGAAGCCCUCCCUCUGGGCAAUGAUACCAUCUCGAACCCCACUGAGACACGACUUGCACCGCCCAGCUUCAAGUUGAAUAUUCCACGAUCGCACUUUUCCACCUCGACAACAUCAUCCACCAUGGUGUCUCCUACGUCUUUCCAGUCGGCCGAGUCACGUGAUCUCAGUCAGUUGUCCUUCUUCGACGACUCGGAAGAGGACGAGGACUUUCAUUCCAACGAAGACGACUCCUAUGAUGUGCACCGAACCCGUCGAAGCGCCGACGAGGCCAAUGGUGGCUCCCUACACGUCCCGUUCACUGGUUACAGCCUUCCGCAGGCUACCACCGAGAGCACACAACUCAAAUCGGGCCCAGUGGCAUCGACCUCGCUUGGAUCACCAGCAUUCGUUGCCAGGACCGAGAAUGGGCUGCCUGCCGGCAACACCAGCCUAUUCAACCUCCCCAAUAUCGACACCGGCCUGGACGACCUGGCCAGCGACCUGAGAUGGAUGUCCGAUAUCAUCCGCCCCAAGGACAUAUAG